GGACCGGCUGUCUGGUGAAAGCGGUGGAGACAGCGGCCCAGCGCGAGGCGUUCAUCGUGGGGAAGCCCAACCGGUACAUGUUCGACUGCGUGGCGAGCGAGUUCGACAUCGAUCCUGCUCGCACCAUCAUGGUGGGAGACCGGCUGGACACAGACAUCCUCAUGGGCAACAGCUGCGGCCUCACCACCCUGCUGACACUGACCGGCGUCACCACGCUGGAGGAGGUGCAGGGCCACCAGGAGAGCGGCUGUCCCACCAGGCAGAGCCUGGUUCCCCAUUACUACGUCGAGAGCAUCGCUGACCUCCUGCCAGCGCUGGGGGAGUAA